AUGAAACUAGAAGAAGUGAAUACAAACAUAGGACUGGACGCAGCAAAGAGUGUAGACGUAGUAACUGCGGACGGAAAGGCACAAAAACUGAGUGUGGAAGAUGGAGCGCUAGUUCUUACGGAAGGCAGUUCCCGGUUACGAUGUUGGCCUAUACAUAAUAUUAAGAUAAAGACAGAUUUGUCGUGUGGAGUGAGCAUUGAAGCCGGAGGAGAAACUUUAUCUUGGACUAGCAACAUAGAACGUUGUAAAACAUCUUUGAAUAGAUUAACACAAAUUGUAAUCACAGCAUCCUUGCCAGUUGGGAUGGGACAGCCCUCAGAUGCAGCUUCAGCUGCUUUGUUGGAAGAUUCUGAACCUGAUGAUACAGAUGCUGAGAGAAGAGUCAAACGGCUUGGAGAUAGAUUAGCACGACUUGAUGCACUUAAUGUAGCUGGAAUGCUUGCAGCCGCAAUUGAAGGUGGUGGGGCUCAAUUGGCAGCUAAACAGGAAGCGGGAAGUGCUGCAGGGACUGCACUUUCAACUCGCCUGUCUCGACUGGAAGCACUGACUCGUGCAGCACCCGCAGCAUUGCACGCGAGGUCAGGGGUGGCACGUUCGGACGCAGCAGCCCGUGCACUACUUGUCGAGCUUACUGAGUUAUAUGAAUGGCUUGACAACCCUGCUCUCAAAGACCUUGACACACUAUCAGAGAUAUCGUUGGCUACAGUUGAUGGUCGCGCACGAGCGCUACGGGCGGGCGGCUGA